AUGUCAAGAGCGGAGAGCAUGAAGGACGAACCUGACGACUCGGGGAGGUCCUCCCUGCAGCGGUCCAUGGACGUGUUCUGGGCGGUUUCCAACCUCAGCGUGGAGUGGAACAAGAAGCUGCUGAUGGGAUCGUUCAUUCCGUCCGAGAAGAAGGACCGCUACUGGAAGGAGAGCAACCUUGCGAUGGCGCAGAUGAUCGUUGACAGCAUCAAGAACCUCAAGGGCUGCUGGGUAAAGGUCGGCCAGAUCCUGAGCACUAAACCCGGCAUGCUCCCGCGCUGCUACGUCGAGGCGUUAUCGCAGCUGCAGGACCGUAUGGGUCACAGCGACUUUUCGGAGAUCAUCGACACGCUCGAGGAGGAGUUGGGGUACAUGGACGACAUCUUCAAGAAUUUUGACUCUAUCCCCAUCGCGAGCGCGUCGAUAGCGCAGGUGCACAAGGCCAUGUUGCAUGACGGCCACGUGGUGGCGAUCAAGGUGCAGCACAAGUGCAGUGAGCAGAACCUGCGUAACGACCUGGAGAUUUUAAAGAUGAUUUUGUGGGUCGCCCAAAGUAUGGGCACAUAUCAGAGGAUGUUCGCAUCGAUCGACGAUUACACGGCUGCGGCCUUGCAAGAAAUAGAUUUCAAAAUCGAGGCGGAGAGCUGCCGGCUCGCCGGCGUGGACGCUGAGGUGUCCGGCAUCCCCAUAGUGGUGCCACGCGUUUUCGACAAGUACUGCUCGAAGCGUGUGAUCACCAUGGAGUUCUUCGAGCUCUACAAGAUGACCGAUGUCAAGUUUUUCCAGGAUAACAACAUCGAUGCGUCGGGCAUCGUGUACGACAUUCAGGACUUUGCCAUAUACCAGAUCCUGUCGUCGGGAAAGUUUCACGGCGACCCCCACCCGGGAAACGUGCUGCUGACGCGCAGCAAAGUGGACAACAAGUUCUACCCGGUGCUGCUUGAUUGGGGUAUGACCCAGUCGCUGACGACCAAGCAGCGUAUUGGGCUGUGCCACCUCACCUACGCUAUGUGCAUCGGUGAUACCAUAGGGUGCUUCAUGGGUUUCGUUGAGGCGGGCUUCGACAUGACGGCCCACAAGGACUUCAGUUACGAGCGUUUCCUCGAGUCGCUGCUGAACAUCUUCUCGUCCGAUUUCAGCAAGGUCAUGGAUUUCUGCGCGGAAGACGGUUCGAUGAACCUUGUCUCUGAAGACGAGAAGGCCGGCGAAUGGCACUACCAGGGGCGCAUCUUCAUCAAGGAUUUCAUCAUCAACGCGCCGAACUUCUUCCCCAUUCUGCUGAAGGUCGUCUCCGAGUACCGCAACUAUGCUAUCACGCUCAAGGUGCGGCUGCCCUUCCUGCAGAUUCUGUACAAGAACAGCGGCAAUGCGCUGUACAACGUGUACUAUACGCCGCUGUUACAUCUAAUGUCGAGCGAGUCUAACAAGGCAAAGUUCUUACGCAAGGCCCGGCGCGUGAAGCAGGUGCUCUCGGCCGACUGCGUGGAGGUGACCGAUGAACAGGUUGUCACGAAGGUGCUGAUGCACGUAUCCACGUCAAUGAAGUCUAAGGUGCGUCUUUCGGAACCGAUCAGUUUCAGGAAGCCCCGUUGCUUAUUGGAGGCCAAGGUGUCCGCCUUCCUGACGCACAUAGCGAAGGACAGCAGCCUGCUGGUGGCGGCGCAGGUAUGUGUCAUUCGCAAUGGAGCGGUUGAGGUGGACUUGGCGCACGGGUCGAUGGGAAGGUACGAGUGCAGGCCCGUCAACUCCGUGGCGCUCUUCCAGGUCAGCCACAUGAUGAACGGGCUGAUAGCCACUGCCGUCCUGAACCUCACGACGCAUUACGACGUCUCUCUGGACGACCCCAUCAGCAAGCAUUGGCCUGAAUUCGGGCAGAAUGACAAGGAGCAGGUCACCAUCAGGGAGAUGCUGAACCACUCCUCCGGGCUGGUGAUGCCGUACCCCAACAUCCUCCUCAUAGAGAACCUGGACUACGAAACCAUGAUAAAGGACAUUCAGCAGGCUAAUUUGCACAAAGAAGCCAUUGGCAUGACGAACUACGGCUACCUCUACUUCGGGUGGAUCAUGGGAGAACUCGUUCGCCGCGUCACCGGCAAGACCGUCGAGGAGUACAUUCUCGGCUUGGCACGUGAUGUCAGCGUGCCUUUGGGGCAGUUGGUCUUCCCGUCGCUGCCGCUCAAUUCGGAUGUUUACAGACCAGAAGCACCUGAUAACGACGGCUCCUAUGAGGUUGUGCACUUGGAUGCAACGUCUGCCAUAGACCUGGACGAGCAGAUGAUCGAGAUCCCUCUGGGCUCGCCCAACUGGAAUGAUUCAUCGGAGGAUAGCACGCCAGCGUUCUGCCAAUCACCAAUGGUGGCGCUUGACGCAGUGUCGCCAUUGGCAGGCAGUAUGCAAGCUACACCUGCGAUCAGGUCGGACGUCAAUCUGAACGACUCCGUUGGAAGCGCGUCGAAACUAGUGGUGCCAGAACCGAAUACAGCCGACGAUAAAGGCAGCGGUGUCAUUGCGGAUAAAUGCACCGCGGCACUCAAGUCCAAGGCGACAUCGCUUGUCGAUCUCCACCCGCCCGACACUAGACGACAGUCCUCCGAGGACCUCGGCGAAAUGAUGGGCACCAUAGUGGACAACGGCAAGGAAAUCCCGAUGAGCAAGUUCACGAUGAUCCAGACACAAGGCUUCGCGAACAAAGGCCUCGACUCGAGCGGUUCGCAUGAUAUGUUGGACAUCCUCGCCCCCAACAUCACGCAGCCGAACUCCCCUGGCAAUGAGUUUGCGGGUGCCGAGAAAGAUGUCGAAUACAUUAACGCCGACGCGACGGUGGACAUCAAGGAGGUGCUGAUGAGCAAGGAAGAGUUCUUCAGUCUGCCGCAAAUGUCGGAGACGCUGCCCACCGCCGAACAGAACAUCGAGAAGGCCAAGACCAUGAAGGCGUCAAGGCGCAGGCGUUGCGUUGGACGCAUGCUACAGCGUCUUGGUGCGGUUGCGCGUGAGGGAGCAGAAACCGCGGCUCCCCAGCGCCGCUGCUGGUGUACGGUGACGGAUGACAGUGACGAGCUCACUUACCAUCGCUGCUUCUACCCGUCCAACCGGUGCCCGGUGGAGACCCGGUUCGUCCGGAACCACCGCACGCCGUUCUUACGGCUCGACGACCUCGACGUCUCGGAGACCGAGAAGAUGGCAAACCAGGACCUCGCGGAGGGCACCAACGGCCGGUACGACCCCGUGCUGGUAUCGGACAGCGACGUGGUCACCGAUGACGACGAGCUCAGCGAGCUGGACCUCAUGGACGAGAAACAGACGCUGAGUCGACUGCGCCUUCGCAAGUUCAUCAUGAAGCGGCAGCCAGUCAACCGUGUGUUCCACCACAGCAACUACGACGUGUUCAACUACCGGUGCAUCAUCACGGACCCCAUGGCCAUGGAAUACGAGCCCAUCUAUCAGAAGUCGGUGCCAGGCCUCAACGGGCGCGCGAGCGCCGUAGCCCUCAGCCGCUUCUACCAGGCCGUGCUGGACGGCACGCUGGUGGACAAGCGGCUGCUGGCGGAGGCCGAGCGCACGGUCGCGGUGGACCGCAGCAUCGUAACGAAGAUGAUAACCGCGCUGUACACCCCUGCCUGGGGCUUGGGGUACCAGCGUUUCUACCUGCAGCGGCAGGGCAGUGAGGAAAUGCUUAUCGGUCUGGGCACCGUGGAUGUAUCGGGAUCUCUGACGCUGAUGGUGCCGAAGCUCAAGCUGGUGGUCACUAUGCUAUUUUCGUGCACGAAGAGCGUGGCGCUCUCCCACUCGCUGCUAUCGUUGGUGCUCGGCCACUACGGCCUGAAGCUGGCGCACGCUAACCUCAACAAUCUGGAAAGAGCACAUGAGCGUCUUGUCGACGCUCAUCAUGGCGCCCGCGUUGUCGAACUCCCCGCAAUAAUUCGGGGCACUAAAAAGCGUGACCAGACGUCGCUUGGAAAAAAAUUCGUAACCGUCCUCCACCACCUGAUGGGCGCGGCAGAUGAGGUCGAGUUCGUGCUUGAUCAAAAAGUUGACCACGAUGUCGGAGCCGAACGUGAACGAAACUCCUCGGUCAUUUUCUCCCCACCCCGUGGUGUUCGUGUCCGGAUCACUCCAAAGAAGGUCGCAGAGAAGGCCGGUGUCCGGCACGUCAGUUGGUCGCGCAAUCUGCCGGAUCUGGUCCAUGGAGUUCAGCUCCGGCGAGAGACCGCCGUGCAUGCAAAGUAUCUUAUCGUCAAUGAUCGCAGCCACAGGCAGGCAGUUGAAGCAGUCCGUGAACACCUUCCAAAGCUUCACGCUGUAGCGGCGCUUGCACUCGUCGUAAAAUCCGUAGAUGCGGUUGAUGGACGCACACUCAUGGUUACCGCGCAACAAGAAAAAGUUCUCAGGGCAGAUGGUCUCCAGCGACUGCUUUCCUCGGUCGACGUAGUCCCCAAGGAAGAGGUAGUUCGCGGUAGGCGGGAAGCCGCCGUACUCGAAAAGGCGCAGCAGAUCAUAGUACUGCCCAUGAAUGUCUCCGCAGAUUUUGAUAGGUGCUUCCAACUCCAGGAGCACCGACUCCGACAGAAAGAUCUCGCGGCUCUUGAGGCAGAGACUGCGGAUCUCCUCCUCGCUCAGCUGCACGCUACGCAGCGGCCUAUUGCUUUGCACUUCGAGCAGGCGCUCGAUGAUAUUGUCUACUUCCAGUUCCAUAUUAAAACUUACAUCCCAUACAGACGACGAAUGCGAUUCCGUGCUCGGCCCGGGGCAAAAUUCGAAACGCCGAGGGAUGAUCCAACCGGCCGGCAAAACCUAUGCCCAUCCUCCGCGCAUCCCUAA